AUGCGAAUCGGUAUUCUCGAGAUAUUUGAGAACUCUCAUGAGCCAACGCCAUCUGAAAACGACUCAUCUCCAAAUCGAAAACCGUCCAACCAUGACGAUGAUGAGGCAAGGCCCCCAACGCCGCCUAGGCCUGAUGGCACGAAAGCAUCACCAUCCCCAGGGAACAGUAACCAUCCAGCAGCUGCACGAAAUGCUAGAGCAAAAGCUCGCGCUAAAGCUCAGACGCUUUCUCACUUUGAAGAUUGGAGAGAUGCUGUCUUGUUGAGACUUGGCGAGGUUGUUAACAAGGAUGAUGAGAAUGAAGAAGAUCAAAGCAAAAAGCCUUCGGAGGCGGCGAGAUCAGAUGAUAUUCCCAUUGUUGAAGAUGAAGAAAGACUGGCAAAGCUUUGCCAAAUCUAUCAUCCUGUGGAAUCGCCGCUGGCGCAAGUUCCCAAGGCGACAAGACUGCUUAUCCUUCACUCGCUUCUAUUAUUGCUGCUCAGCUUGGAAAAGUAUACUGCCUACUCUAGAGUUUUGAUGCUUCAUGUUGCAUCUAGCUUGGGUAUAGAUAUUGAUGUGCUGAAUCAAGACGAAGUCAAAGUUGCACGUGGACUUCUUGAUACUGCGCUAGCGCUGUCAUCACAACCAGAAGCUAAGCAGCAAGUCAAGAAGAGUGAUGAUUCUCGCAAGUGGAAAGUUGGCAUUGCUUCAGUCGCCGGCGCUGUUCUUAUUGGCGUCACCGGUGGUCUUGCAGCUCCGUUGGUCGCAGCUGGUAUCGGAACUGUCAUGGGUGGACUAGGCCUCGGCGCCACUGCAGCUGCCGGGUUAUUAGGAACUCUGGCCGGAAGCGGUGUCGUUGUUGGAGGUCUUUUUGGUGCCUAUGGUGGACGUAUGACUGGCAGGAUGAUGGACAAGUACGCCAAGGAGGUAGAUGACUUUGCCUUCAUUCCGAUUCGCGGUUCACGCAGUGGUAGGACCGAGGAUGAGAGUGAAGCCGCUAAGCAAGACCAUCGGUUGCGAGUCACGAUUGGUGUGACGGGCUGGAUCAAAGAAGAAUCUGAUUUUACAGUUCCUUGGCGAGUUCUUGGUUCUGACUCCGAGGUUUUCGCGCUUCGUUGGGAAAUGGAGCCUUUGAUGAAGCUGGGCAAUGCAAUCUCCGCACUGGUUACGAGCGCGGCAUGGUCUGUCGCCAGCCGUGAAGUUUUAAGCCGCACGAUCUUCGCCACUAUCAUGAGUGCCGUUAUGCUCCCGAUGGGUCUCAUGAAGGUUGCUGGCAUCGUGGAUAAUCCAUUUAGCGUCGCCAAGGCCCGGGCCGACAAAGCAGGUGAAGUUCUAGCAGAUGCAUUGAUCAAUAAAGCUCAAGGAGAACGGCCGGUGACUCUUAUCGGGUAUUCUCUAGGGUCUCGCUUGAUCUUCUCAUGUCUUCAAACGUUGUGCAAGAGAGGUGCCUAUGGUCUCGUGGAGUCCGUCAUUGUGAUGGGAUCACCAACUCCAUCCGAUGCCGAGUAUUGGCGACGUAUUCGCAGUGUCGUCAGUGGCCGCGUCGUCAAUGUCUACUCAGAGAACGACUCGGUCCUUGGGUUCCUCUAUCGGACUAGUAGUCUUCAAUUGGGAGUUGCUGGCUUGCAGCCUGUUGAAAAUGUGCCCGGUGUCGAGAAUCUCAACGUCAGUGACAUGAUCAGUGGUCACCUUCGAUACAAGUUCCUGCUGGGAAGAAUCAUGACAUCUGUUGGGCUGCAAGAUGUCGAUUUCAAUGAGGUUGAACGUGAAGAGCGUGCCUUGGCCGUUGAAGAUGAAAAACAGGAGGCUGAAAGGGCCAAGAAUGAAACCGAAGCGGGCAUCAAAGAUCAUGACUCUUCCACUGCUCGUGAUGCUCUGAACAGCCAGGACGGGUUUAGCGAGGAACAGCGAAUGGAAAGACAGAUCGAGUCACACACUGAGGAGAAAAUGACCCAGCACCGGAUACAUAUGAUGGAUUUGGAUGAUGAGGAUUACUCUUCUCCGUUGAUGGAUCAUCCGGAAAAACACAGUGCCCUAUGA